AUGUCGCGCAAAGGUGUAGGCCUGGCGGCCUUUGACCGCUCCCGCCUGACAUCGGCCCAGUUCGCCUCCCACGGAACCUCGCUCCGGACAACCAACGCGGAGGCGCUGGAGACGCAAAUGACCAAGUUCCGGUCGCUGGUGCAGCAGUUUGCUCAAACCCACGCCAAGGACAUACAGUCGAACCCCUCGCUACGCGCCCAGUUUGCGCGCAUGUGCGCCGCCAUUGGCAUUGACCCGCUAGCCUCGUCCAACUCAUCCUCGUCGUCGGGAGGAGGGGGCUCGGGAGGUGUGGGGAGUAUCUGGGCCCAGAUGCUGGGUCGCACCGUCAAUGACUUUUACUUUGAGCUGGCCGUCCGCGUCGUCGAGACGUGCGGCGCCACCCGCAGCGAGAAUGGCGGCCUUAUUGGCGUCAAGGAGUUGCGCGAGCGCCUCAUGCGCGGCCGCAUGAAUGGUGCCCCCGAGAUCACCGAGGACGAUGUUCUGAGGGCCGUGGGCACGCUCAAGCCUCUCGGCAGCAGCUAUGCCGUCAUCAAGGUCGGUAACCGGAGUUAUGUUCGCAGCGUGCCCAAGGAGCUGAGUACGGACCAGAGCGCCGUGCUCGAGGCCGUCCAAGUUCUCGGCUACGUCAGUGUUUCCAUGCUCAUGGUGAACUUGAGCUGGACGAGAGCCAGAAGCCAGACUGUGAUUGAGGACCUUCUCGGCGAGGGUAUGCUCUGGGUUGACAAGCAAUCUGACGAGUGGGAAUAUUGGAGCCCGGGAUUCAUGUUGAGUGGUUCUGCAGGUUGA